GAGAUUUCAAACGUUCAAGGUCUCUAUAGCUAAAGAACGGGCUCCUUUGGAAGGACGUUAGGAUUUUACCACGUCUUUCUACACUGUACGGUGACGUCAGUGUUUGCUUGAUGGCUAAAAAACGUGGUAAUUCUGCAUCAAACUCUGUUACAUCGGAAAUCCAGGUUAGUAGUAAUGAUAAUCUGUUUUCAACGACUUCGAAUCAUUCCCGAAAACCAUUUACAAAGACAGAAAGCCUUGCUCUACUGAAUUAUAUUCAAGACAAUAACUUACUGUCAUUGUUGAACAAACGCUCAACCUAUGCUCAUUUAGAAGCUGUUAAGAUUUCACAUCAUUGUGCUGAAAGUAUACGUAGUCAUGUUCGACAAGUUUUACUUCCUACGUUCAAAAAUCUUCAGAAUCAAACAGGCAAAAACGUUCUAACUAAGACUAUUACCGAAAAGAAUGAGUGUACAAAUUUCAGUGACAAAAAUCAAACUUUGAGAAAUGGUUUCUCUCGUGUCAAACGACAGCCAUAUACUUUGAUGGAUGAUGAAGCAAUAAUCAAAUAUUUGUUGAAAAAUAAUCUAUGGAGACAAGUAAGAAGUCGCGCUUUAUGGAAAGAGAUGGCUAAGGAACGUGUAACUAAUCAUUCCUCAGAAUCAAUGCGGUCACGCUUCCGUCACCAUUUAGUGAAUUCAGUUUAUGCUCAUUUACUAAAAACACUCCCUAGAAAUGAACAGACUGAACUUCACGAUAUCCUCUUUGGAAGGUCAAACAAAUAUUCCAAUCCUAUGCAGAAAGAUAAAUAUGAUGGUGUGCUCAGUGAUGGUAUAUGUCAUUCAUCUUAUUCGAUUGAUGAAUGUAGUUUGGAUUUGGAUAAGCUUAACACAUAUGGAACAAAUGUGCUUUUCAGUCCGUCACAAAAGAAUCACUCAGACAGAUCAACUAGUAACAAGGCUUCCCAGUCAAAUAUUGAGAGUGAUAAAUUCGUGAAUGCACCACCAGAUCUUACAAAAAGCUCCAGUUUCUCGUCUCCCGACCAAAUCCCUGUUUGUUUGUAUGAAAGUCCUAAAAGAUUUUGUAAUAAUUGCCCUUUACCACCACCAGUUGUAGCAGCAAACAAAAAGAAAACAUCAGAAUCAAAUGAUUUACCGAAUGAUUCAACGGGUCCUUCAUCAUCUAACCAAUCUGUAUUAGAAUUGAUACAGAGUACACCAUGUGAAGAUUCCAGUUCACCGUCUAAUCUAUCACUAGUGACAAUGGAUUCAUCUCCAUUCACUCCAAUAAAUUAUCCGGUAUGGGUUUCAAAGUUGAUAAAUUGCUCUAAUUAUCUAACAACGCCAUUACAAGCUAUAUUGCUUGUUCAUAUGACAAAUGGUUCCGUUGCAGAAGCGUACAACUUUCUGACCACCGGUAAACGUUGUCCAUCAUCAGCAACAAAUUUUAGUCCACCUCUUUGGUUACCUGAUGAUGAUGAAUGUUUAGGUUCAACUGAUAAAAAUAAACUUGAUGAACUUGUCAAUCGUUUUGGUUGGGCAGAAAUAGUUAAACGUGUUGGCUUUUUACAAAAUAAAAAUAAUAUUGAUACUUCUGAUGACAUUUUUUGAAAAUUUUAUUUAUUAGAUUUUGUACAUAAUUAUCGUCUAGAUUUUAUAAAAACUCUGUUGUUAAUUUAUUUUAGUACUGUGUUUUUUCAUCUAUUUCGCUGUAUAUUUAAACAAGAUAUUUUUUUCUGUUUAUUUUUGUACAUUUUCACCUGAGAGAUUUCUAACAGUUAAUUUUUUGUUUUAACUUAUUUAGUUUACUGUUUGUUAAAUCCUCAGAGUAAAA